CUCCCGGGGCCCGGGCGGCCGCCAGCUCCGCUCCGCUCCGCUCCGCCCCGUGCCCUCACUCGGCGGCGGGAUGGGGCCGCGCUGGGCGCUCCUCGCCGCGCUCCUCCACGCCGCGGGCGGCCGGGAAUAUUCAUUGCCUUAUACACCACAGUUUGCACAAUGCAAAGAUCCCAGCACUGAAUUCUAUGAAGAAGGACUUAAUAAAUGUUGCAGCCAGUGCCCUCCAGGUCAAUACAAGGCAGAGAGCUGCAGUCACACUGCGGACACAAAGUGCAGUCCCUGUAGACCCAACACAUACACAGCAAUCUGGAAUCGGUCUCCUCAGUGCUUUGCCUGCUCACCACCCUGCAGGAAAGGAUUUGUGCAGAAUCAAACAUGCACUACGUCACAGGACAGAAUCUGUACCUGCCCACCCAAUGAGUACUGCAUUUCGAAAAUAUAUGACUCCUGCAAAAUAUGUAAAGUGCAUAAAAAAUGUGGAAAAGGUUACCGAGUUUCCAGAAGAGGGACAGAUAGCACAGAUACAGAAUGUAAACCUUGUCCUCCUGGCACUUUUUCACAUGAGGAAUCUUACGAUACCAGCUGUACACCACAUACAGUUUGUAAAUCAGUGGCUAUUCCGGGAAACAGCAUGAAUGACACUGUUUGCAGUGACUCAGGAACAGCAGUUGCCACAGUUCUACCUCACACUAUUUUGAACCUGCUCCUGACCCAAAGCUCGGCUUCCAGCAAACCUGAAAUAAUAACUCGACCUGUCAUUUUAAACUCUGUACCUGAAAUGUCUCACAUAAUCGGAUCAGUAGCAGGUCCAUUGUUAUUGGUCCUGAUAAUCAGUAUUUUGGGGUAUUGCUUAGUCUCCAAAAAAAAAGCCCUUGUAUACUCUCCAACAAGAACAGAAGCGGAUUCGCCUUUUUCCCCUACAGAAAAGCAGUGUGACAAAAAAGUAAGAAAUACAGGAUCACAAAACUCCAGCAGUUCUGAACAGGAGGAACAGCAUCUCUUGGAAACUUCUGCGUCCAGUAGUAGCUCCCUGAAUAAUCCAACUGGAUCUGCAAGAGUCAGUGUGAGAAGUAACAAGAACAAUGAAAAGAAAGAAACAGAAGGAUUUCAGGAGCAACAUUCAGCUGCAGAAGGUUGUAAGCUUUACAGCGGAGACAGACACAACUCUGCGAGUUCAGAACAUUCUGGUAAUGGAGGAACGCAGGUGAAUGUGACUUGUAUUGUUAAAGUAUGUAGUCCAGACUGCAGUUCCCAGUUGCCAGAACAGACUAGUUCAACUAGCAUGGAUUAUGGAAACGCUCCCUAUUAUUCCCCAACAGGGGAAGAAAUUCCCCUUUCAAAAGAAGAAAACCCCUUGAAAAAAGAAACUGAAAUUAAGAGCUCAGUGGAAAACGAGGACAAUUUACUUCAAGACUUACUUUCAGAAGAAAAGAAGUUUCCUCUGGGUAUUCAAGACGCGGGGAUGAAAACCAGUUAAAGGAAAUUGCAGAUCAUAUACUGAUUGACUAAUAAAAUUAGCCAAACAACGCCGUAUCUUCUGAAAUAAACAUUAUCUUAAAUGUAGCAUUCCUGCAGAGACUUGAAAUUUCAGACGAACGUAGACACUGAUGCUUUAGAGGUUUUUAAUCUCUUGUCAGCUUUGAGAGUCAAAGGAUGAUCUUUGCAGUUUAAAAAAAUUUGAAUGCUUUUUCUUUUAAACUGAAUGGCCAACUCCUCCCUUUCUUGUGUGAUACCCCAGAGAGACCUUUACCAGAUUUGAAAAGGAACAUUUUUCUAACUUUAUGCCAUCGAUUUAUCUGCUGAGACUUCUUGUGAUGAUAAUUUGGGUUCAGGUAUGCCACCUGUCAAGAACAUGUCUGUGACUAGCUCUUCUGGAGUUAAUUUACUGGAGAUAAUUAACUGGAGUUAAAACUGGAGUUAAAUUAUCAUUCAUUCGAUGCUAAUGAAUUAUCCAUUUUAUUUCCUAUCCCCUAUUUUCAUGGACAUACUUCCCCUCAUCCUCAUGGAUAUUUCUUUUAUUAUUACAGUUUGCUUUUGCUCAUUAUUGGACCAAACUUCUCAAAUCAACCUUAAGUAUAUGGAGGAGUGAAACCUUUUACAGGAGCUUUUUUUACUAGAUUACAACUAUUAUGUCUAAACAAUAGCAUCUCAUUAGCUGUACAUAGUUCACUUUAUUGUAGAAAAGAAGAUCUAGAUUAAAUAGUUGUUAUCUUAGAGUUGGAGAUAAGUUCCUUUUAUUGACAAAGUUUGUCAUCUUUGUGUCCUGGUUGAUUUAAUAUAGUUUCCUGAUUGAUUCUGACCUCAUUUUUGAGGUUAACCACAACCCCAAAAUAUUUUUCUCUAUGUUCCAGUGAAUAUUACAGAAGAUCCAUGUCAGAUAUGCCAGAUAGCUCAUGCCUAUUGACCUCAGGAAAAGGACUCUCUCUGGAUGAUUGCAUAGCAUGAUCUGUAAAAAGUGGAAUUGACUCAAACCUCAGAACCAGAAAAUCCUGUUGUCCUUCACUUCUUGUGUGAUGCUGAACAUCCAGCCACCUCUUACAGAAAAUUAGUAGAGGUUUUCCUUGAAUCAACUGGGAGUCUUUUGGUUUUGGAAGUCAAUCUUUAGGAUCCCAUUUCCCAUAAUUAUAUUUUACGUGUGUGACUUAACUGACAAUUGUGGCGUCUGUAUUCAACCAGAAUUUGCAAUAUGCUGUCUGAGUUACACUUGAGUGAAGUCAUACAGUAGGCAUAACUUUUUUCUUUCAUGCCGUGAGAACAUACUGUUGGACUAGAUGAUCACUGUACUUCCCUUCCAACUGAACUGUUCUAUUCUACCUCAAGAGAAGCUAAAUCUAGUAGUUAUUUCUGAGGCCUUAGAUUGAAAAAGGGUAUUUUGGAAUGGCAUUUAUUCUACAGCUACAGAAAAGAUACAGAUUUUAAAAAUACAAAUUUUAAACUUCCACAAAAGCUAUGAGGUUUACUAAUAUUUCUGGAACGGAGAACUGGCAAACAGGUCUUUAAUUCUACUAUGAGAAACCUGUUACAACUGUGUAUUAAACUUGUACUUGAAGGUAGUUUUCAGAAAAGACUUUGAAAAUGGGCACACUGGAACUAUUACAAAACUGAAGCAUUUAGGCAAGAAAAGAACCUAAUUUUAUACAGCGCUUUGAACCUCUUGCACUCUUGUGAGUAUUUUCAUGUCUUGUUCGUCAGGUCCCAGUAUUGGGACCAGAUUGAAGCAGCGGUGGAAGAUUUUUGAAGAAGUUUCAAAAACAUUAAAAAGGAAGAUCAUGUUACAGCAUUUAAUUUACUGGGUUUUAAAAUUACAGAGCUGUGUGAUGGAAUGAAAAUCCAAGUUUUAUGUUGAAGUGGGAAAGAUGUGCUUGUAUUUGCUUAUAAAAAGUAAAAAAAAAAAAAAAAAGCCUGCAUUUUUGCAAGUACAUGUAUCUUCAAGUUCCCUGACCUCUUCAUUAAACAAAAUUCUCAUUUCUA